AUGAGCUAUAACUAUGAAGCCUGUUUCUGGGACCCAAACGACAAUGGAGUGAACAUCCUCCUUAGCCACGUCUCUCAGGGAAUAAAGUCGUGCGAUUCAAUGAUACAUUUUUUUAAGCAACGUAGUGAGUUGGAAAAGGAUUACGCCAGGCGGCUUGGGGCCAUCACGAAGAAACUAGAUAAAGACAUUGGAACAAACAUAGACUACGGGAAGCUGAGUGAUACUUUCAGUGUGGUUCUCAAUGUUGAGAAGUCUAGAGCACAAUCGCAUUCCAAGCAAAGUGAGAUUCUUUUCAGACAGAUCUACACAGAUACAAAGGCAUUCGCCGCUAACUUACAAGCAAGAUACAUUACAUUGAGUGGGAAGAUUGAAAGAUUGCGGAUGGACAAGUUUAACAAGAAAAAGGGGUGUGAGGUGUUGCAAAAAAAAUUGCAAGAUGCUCAGAUUAGAACUAGAGACUUACAAUUGAACGAGAAUAACAUGAUUGGGGCUAAGAGAGUAGAACAUAACAAGAGAGAACUGUUGAAAUGGGAAUCGAAUUCUCAAGAAUACCAGGUUCAACUGGACGUUUUGAAACAGGAAUAUAAGGCUUCGCAGAAAUUUUGGAUACACGAAUGGGCGCAGCUAUCCUGUGAACUACAAGAAAUGGAAAACGCUAGAAUAUCCUUUUUACAAUCGAAAUUGCAGCAGUUCGCAACUUCAUCGAUGGAAACAUAUAUUUUAGAACAAACAAAAAUGGACAUGUUAACGACACAUUUGAACUCAUUUACAGCAGCAGAUGAAAUAUCGACGUUCUCAAAAGAAAAUGGAACUGGUAGACUAAAACAUAAAAAUUCUAAAGGUGACAUGAAUUCCAGUGUAAACUGGGCUCAGAUGAGUAGUAUCUCCACGACAAGCAAAAAAAGCGAAUCUUAUAUGGAUAAUAUAAGGAAGCUGUCCUCUCAAUUAAAGGAAACCGAAAAUAAAAGAAAACUAGCUUCCGUAGAAAAAUAUGAGAAACCAUUGCCAUCCCCUGAAGUCACCGCGGCAAGACAGUUUAGAAACUCUACUCCGGCUAUACGUAAUGAGAUAAAAUCUGUUGUUGACCCACUAUCAUCCUUGAGAUCUUCGCCUGUCCAAACACAAAGUGCUAUGGAUGACUCUACGAUAAGAGGGAAACUUGAUCAAUCAAGAGCGAUUGUCCGGGAAGAACAAACCAGACCUGAAGAGGAUUCAAAACAUUCGGAUGAAAGUUAUCCGAUGACCCAUAGAAGAAACCAAUCUCUCACUUCGCCAUCAGAAUCAAGUUCGUCUAAUCCGACUGAUUUUAGCCAUAUCAAAAAAAGACAAAGCAUGGAAUCUAUGACCACAUCCGUAAGUUCAAUGGCCAAUAGUAUAGACGACUCACAGAGGUUUGCUAAAUCAUGGAAUUCUUCGAAUAGAAAAAGGAAAUCAAUGAGCCAUUUGCAAGUGCCCUCAUCCUCUUCAAGGUCGGAGAAUGGGGAAAAAGCUAAUCAUGAGGAACAAGAUUAUAAUACAAUGAGAGAUAGCAGUGCAAACACAAUUCUAUUUAAACCCCCAGUAGCAGAAAGGGGGACGUCAAAGGGGCACACGCAUAGACAAUCCAUGAUACUGCAGGAUUCAAGUAAUCCGAUUGAAGAUGCUUUAUACGAAAUGGAAAGAAUCCAAAGUAGUUCUAAGCCAGGUGCAAAAACGGGAAACGUUAUGCUUGAGAGAGGUAUGGUCAGGGAUAACGGUAUUACUGUUACCUUGCCUAUUGUCACUAGCGAAGGCUUUCCAGUUAUUGAAUAUGCAAAGGCUAUGUAUCCAUUAGUUGGGAAUGAGGCGCCUGGAUUAGCCAAUUUCCACAAAGGCGAUUACAUCCUAAUUACCGAAAUUGUUAAUAAAGACUGGUAUAAAGGUGAAGUUUAUGAUAACGAUCGCAUUAACAGGAAUCACAGGGUAGGGUUGAUUCCUUAUAAUUUCAUACAACUGCUACAUCAAGGAUCUUGA